UUCAACAAUAGAUCUGUUACAAGCAAUGGCCGACGAGGUGCAGGAAGUCCUGGUUAGCGUCAAUCCCUCCAUCACCAUCCUCUCAGGCCACAACGAAUCAAAGGUUUCGUCGCGGGCAGGAUACUUCCUCGUCCCCUGCAACGUCGAUUCACCAGAUCCACCAUCUGCAGCAGCUGUAAUUCCUAUCCCUGCCACUCAAGCUGAUCUGCAGGUUAAUUUUGAUAAGAGCUGGUCUGGCUCCCCGAAGCUAUGGCGGAGGUGGGUGGAGAAACUCCGACCGAGACACGAAGCUGCGUGGCAAGAGAUUGGGAUCUUGGAUGGCGUAGUUACAUCUACCUGGAGAUUUAAUCGGGAUGAGAAUGUACUCCUUGAGAUAGCUAAGUUCUGGUCCCCAAGGACGAAUACUUUCAUUUUCCCGUGGGGAGAAGCUACGGUAACACUUGAGGACCUAGCUGUCCUUGGGGGGUUGCCUGUUCUUGGUUCUUGUGUGAGGGAAAAGCCAACGCCUGUGGUACAAGAAGAUGUCAAUGAGCUGAAGAUAGUCCGGUGCAAUCUCAAUGCCAGUAAGUACAAGAAACCAACUUUCUCUGGAUGGGUCAAGUAUUUUCUAGAGGAUAUGCCAACAGAUAGAAAAGGGGAGCGGAUCGAGCAUGCUGCAUUCCUGUCCAUGUGGCUCUCAAUGUUCGUGCUGAAAGAAGCACCAUUUGAUGUUGUCCAGCCCAAUGUUUUUGACAUAGCUGUUCAGAUGGUGCAUGGCAAGGGCAUGGCUCUUGCACCAGCUGCCCUCGCCAGCUUAUACAGAGACCUCUCUUCUCUUAAGCGCCAUAUUAUCUGCAACAAUCAAGAAAAAUUUGUGGUGGGGACACCAUUAAAUGUCUUGCAGCUCUGGAUCUGGGAGCGCUUCCCUGCUUUAAGGCCCAAGAGAGCAGUGACCUUCCUGGAAGGUCGCAACCUCCCAACAAGGGCUGCACGGUGGGGAAAUGUUCAGACAAGGCUUGAUUCCAGUGAUGUCCGUGGAGAGCUCGAGUCACCAGCAAGCUUUGAAUGGAUGCCCUAUGGAAGUACAAAUGUUGGACUUCAUGGUUCCUGGGUUUCUGGUGAUGAUAUCGUACGCAGUAAAGAACUGCAGUCCUUUGCAAGGUACAUCCGUGCUUCCUAUCUCAUCGACUCACAGCCAGGCAUAACUAAAGACUACAUGAAAUGGUGGAAGAAGUUUCGUUGUGCCACAGAUAUUUCAAAGAAGAGAAUGGCUGCUGUGAUUCAAGAGGGCGCAAGCUCAUCCACAGAUCCAGGAAUCAAGAGACAGAGGCAGGAUACACAGCAAUAA